AUGAGGACCACGACGUUGGCUGCGGCUCGACAAGCCUUUUCCACACCUUCCACUUCCACUUCAACCACGACUUCGAGACGAGGCUUUGYCAGUGCCAGCAGAUUACAGGCCAGCUAUGGUUUCAUUGGAUUGGGGAGAAUGGGCUAUCCAAUGGCCAGAAACCUUCGCAACAAGAUCCCGGCCUCGGACACCAUGGUCAUUCACGACGUGAAUCCCACCAUUCUCGAGCAAUUCAAAGCAGAACACAAAGGCGUCACGAUUGCAAAAGAUGUUCGCGAAGUGUCCGAAAACGCGGACACAAUCAUCACCGUCCUCCCCGAACCUCACCACGUGCAGAAUGUCUUUCAACAAAUGCUCAUGCCCCCAACCCUCCUCUCCCAAACGCCCGUGAAGCGGGAACGCCUCUUCAUCGAUUGCAGCACCAUCGAUCCCCGCUCCUCCGCCCAAGUCGCCGAGGCAACACACUGUUCCGGCCAAGGGAAAUUCGUCGAUGCUCCCAUGUCCGGUGGUGUGGUGGGAGCAGCAGCCGGAAAAUUGACGUUCAUGAUUGGUGCGGCCCCGGAGCUCGUCGACCAGGUCACCGCCAUUCUCAGCCACAUGGGUAAACGGGUUGUGCAUCUAGGACCACAGACGUCCGGUCUCAAGGGAAAGCUGGCCAACAACUAUCUCCUCGCUCUCAACAACAUUGCCACGGCCGAGGCGAUGAACAUGGGUGUCAAGUGGGGAUUGGAUGCCAAGGCAUUGGCGGAUAUGAUCAAUACCGCUACGGGAAAGUGCUGGCCGAGUGAGGUAAACAACCCUGUUCCGGGAGUCAUUGAGGGCUCUCCCGCGAGUAAAGGGUACGAGGGAGGAUUCGGAACGGCAUUGAUGUUGAAGGACUUGAGGCUUGCGUUGGAAGCCGCCACUCAGGCGGGCAUUGUGCCCGAGUUGGGCGUUCACGCCAAGGACAUCUACACGGCUGUGGAAGGAACUGAGCAAUUGAAGGGCAAGGACUUUUCGGUUGUUUACAAGUACAUUGGAGGAAAGGUGCCUGAAGCAUGA